GAAGCAAGGGUAAAGCACUCUCUCUCUUUCUCUCUCUAAAACCUUAAAAUCCUCCAAAGCCCUCUCUCCUCACUCUGUCUCUGUCUCUGUCUUUUGUCUCUGUCUCUGUCACGUAACUCCCCUCUUUCUCUCACUCCCUGUCUUUCUCUCUUCUCCAAUCCGAAAUUCCGCAAACGCCGAUGUCGGAAUCACUGAAGCUCUCCCGGCGCACGUGACUCGCACGCCGGCGUUUUGGGAUGCAUUGGCUGCUGACUCCGUCAACUGGUGAUCUGGCUGCAGAGUUCAUGUAAUCAAGUGUUCAUGGGGGAUUGUGGGGUUUUGGGUCGAGUGAGGAAAUUGGAAUAGAAAAGUGGAGCUGCGGUUUUGUGGGUUUUGUUAGAGAUGGAGGGGUUGAGAUCUGGCAGGUUGAAGGUUGAGAGAGAGAAGCAAACAGUGGGACAGGAGAAUAACGGUGGGGAUGAGCCGGAAUUUGAUGAUGAUAAGGAGAAGAAGGUGAAUGGUGUAGUGCCAAUUAUGGGGAGGGUUUUAAGGUCACGGGUUGUGGGGAAUGGUGGUGGUGAGGGAGGAGGGGAGGUUGGGAAGAGGAGGAGGUUGGUGGAUGAUGGGGAGGGUAAGAAUGGGAAGGAAAAGAAGUGGGAUGGUAAUGUGGGCAUUGGUGGGAGGGUUCUGCGGUCGAGGAGUGUGGUGAAUGGUGGGGGUGACAAGGGGGAGGGAGAUGGUGGUGAGAUGGAGGAUGUGGGAGUUGUGGAGAAAAGGAAGAGGCAGAGGUUGGUUAAGGAGGGUGAGAAUGUUGUUGACGGUGGUAUUCAGAAGAAGGGGGAUGGUAAAGUGCUGAAUGCUGGCCGGGUUCUGCGGUCAAGGACUGUGGUGAAUGGUGAUUGUGAUAAGGCGGAGAGCGGUGGUGAUCAGGUGAAGAGUGAUGGUAGUGAGGCGGAGAGUAAUGGCGGUAAGGUGGAGAGUGGUAGUGGUAAGGCAGAGAGUGAUGGUGUAAAGGCAGAGAGUGGUUGUGCGAAGGCAGAGAGUGAUGUUGAUAAGGCAGAGAGUGAUGGUGGGAAGGCGGAGAGUGGUGGUGAUGAGGCAGAGAGAGCUGCUAUUAAGGCAGAGAGUAAUGGUGAUAAAGUGGAGAGUGAUAGUGAAAUGGAUGAGCGUGAAAGUGUGGAAGUAGCUGAGUUUGGGAAGAAUAGUAGGUUGGUUGGUAAUGGUGGCGGUGUGGAUAAAAAGCAGGUGAAGGAAACAGAGGUGGGUGGUAAAGCGCCAGUUGCUUGUCGGGUUCUGCGGUCACGGACUGUGGUGAAUGGUGGGUGUAUGGCAGAGAAUGAUGGUGCUCUGGUUCUUCCAUGUAGACGGGAUGAUGGGUCUCAGAAGAAUUUCCGUGAUGUGAUAAAUGAAGGAGAGGAUCAGUUGGUUACAGGGGUUACAAAGAAGUUGAAAGGUAAGCGUGGGAGACCACCCAAGGUUGAAAAAGAAGAAAGUGGGAGACCGGGUGAUGGAUUCAGGAAGUUGAAAGGUAAGCGUGGGAGACCUCAAGUUUCAGAAAAGGAAGAGAGUGAUCUCUUGGAUGGUCGGUUUAGAAAGAAGUUACGAUCUGGGAAGAACAGUAGUGAGGUUUUGAAAGGAAAUCUGGACAAGGAAGGAAAUGUAUACUUAAGAAGCAAAUUGGGUUUGAAGUCACAAAGAGUGAAACCAAGUAAAUUGACUAAUGGUUCAUAUCUGGAAAGGAAGAGGAUUGGGAAAGAAUCGGAUGUGAAGGCCUCUUCUCAAACUAAAAGGGAUAAAAGAGGAAAAGGUUCAGAGAGUGUGGACAAUGUGGACAGGGAUGUACAUAAAAAACAGAAACAGAAACAAAGCAGAGAUAAACAACAGGAAAGCAAGUCGAAGGAUGGCUUACGUGAGCUAAAACAGGCAGUGAGCGAAAAAAUAGUUAAAAUGAUUCUGGCUGCAGGCUGGAAAAUCGAACGUAGGCCGAGGAAUGGCAAAGAGUACAUGGAUGCAGUGUACGUAUGUCCAGCAGGAAAGACUCACUGGUCAGUAACCAAGGCUUACAAUUCUCUUAAAAUGAGUUGUGAAAAUGUUGAUCCAAUGGCUUGCAAGAGCAGUUUUAAAUUUACGCUGAUACCACCAGAGGAACUCAGCAUGCUACAGAGGGUCGGGAGCGACAAGAAGAAGAAGAAGAAGAAGGGAAAGGGUGGAGGACAGGGAAAAAAUAAUGCCAAGAAGAAGGCAAAGAAUGGGGAUACCUCUGAUGGAGAGAUUGAAGAGAAGAGGAGAAAGAAACUGGGUAAGUCACUGAAAGGAAAACAUCUGCUUUUUGAGAAGGAUGCAUCAAAAAGCACAGUAUGUGAGGGAAAGCUAUGUUCGGUCCAGCAUCACAAGCGGCAGAAGACUCAGAAUAGAAAGCGAUGUGCUUUGUUAGUUCGCAACUCUGAGAAUGCAGAUUCCGAAAAUGAUGGCUACAUACCAUAUGAUGGAAAGAGAACAGUACUUGCUUGGAUGAUUGACUUGGGAACCCUGUCACUUAAUUCAAAGUUGAAGUACAUGAACAAGAGGAAGAGACAAGUGCUGCUUGAGGGUAAAAUUGCCAGAGAUGGAAUUCAUUGUGGUUGCUGUGACGAAACCAUCUCACUUUCAGAAUUUGUAACUCAUACUAGAAGUGAUUACUCUGAGCCUCUUAGAUAUAUACUUACAGACUCUGGAUCUUCCCUUUUGCAAUGCCUGCUAAACUCAUGGAAUAAACAGGAAGAGUCUGAAUGCCGGGGAUUCCACUCUGUAGAGGUUACUAUGGAAGACCCAAAUGAUGAUACUUGUGGGAUCUGUGGAGACGGAGGAGAUUUGAUAUGUUGUGAUGGUUGUCCAUCAACAUUCCACAAAAGUUGCUUGGAGAUAAAGAAGUUCCCAUCUGGUGACUGGCACUGUGUAUACUGCUCAUGCAAAUUCUGUGGGAUGUUUGAUGAGAAUAUGUCUGAAAGGGAUGGUAGUGAGGAUGUAGCUGCGUCAGUAUUACUUACCUGCCAUUUGUGUGAGGAAAAAUAUCAUCAAUGCUGUAUUCAGGCAAAGGAUGCUGUAAAUGGUGAUUCCAGCAGUCCAUCCUUCUGUGCAAAGAAUUGCCAAGAGCUAUUUGAGAAACUGGAGAGCCUUCUCGGAGUUAGGCAUGAAGUGGAAGAAGGGUUUUCAUUGACUCUCCUUCGCCGAUUUGAUGUCGGUGAUACACCACAGAAGGUUGAUUGCAAAUCAAAGCUAAUUGAAUGCAAUGCCAAGCUGGCUGUUGCAUUUUUAAUUAUGGAUGAGUGUUUUCUGCCAAUGGUUGACCACAGAAGUGGAGUCAAUCUGAUCCAUAACAUUCUUUAUAAUCGUGGGUCAAAUUUUAACCGACUGAACUACGGUAGUUUCUUCACUGCAAUUCUAGAGAGGGGUGAUGAGAUCAUAUCUGCCGCAACCAUUAGGAUCCAUGGAAACUAUUUAGCAGAGAUGCCGUUUAUUGGAACCCGCUAUAUGUAUAGGCGUCAAGGAAUGUGCCGCCGCCUUCUGAGUGCGAUUGAAUCUGCUCUCUGCUCUCUAAAAGUUGAAAGAUUGGUCAUACCUGCAAUCUCAGAAUUGACGGAAACAUGGACUUCUGUUUUUGGUUUUAAGUCCCUUGAAGAAUCAAGCAAGCAGAAGAUGAAGAACAUGAAUAUCUUGGUUUUCCCUGGUGUAAAUAUUUUACAGAAACCAUUGUUGAACCAGUUAACAGAAACUAACGAGAGUCCUGUGAAAGGUUUGAGUUUCGCUGAUCUCAAGCAUGACGAAACCUUGAAGGAUGUGGUUUGUAAUACUGAUGAGGGACAUUUGGCUCGAUCUGACGGUGAAGCACCUGCACCGUGUGUGCAUGAGGGAAAUGAUGAGCUUGCUGCUGUUCAAUCUGACACACAGAAUAUCAGUUCUGUAUCUCAUGAUUAUCUGGAGAGCAAGAGCAAUGCUAUCCCAAUUCCUACUGAUUCAGUGUGUGAUGUUCUCGAGCUAACCAAAGAGAUAAAUGAAUACCAAAAUUCUGCUAAUGCGAGGGCAUUGGAAUUGGUCAGCAAACAGAACCAGCCAGAGCUGUUUUGCGAUACUGCUGAGGGUUUCUUGGUUGGAGCAGACAUUGAGGCAACGGAAUCCUUUAAACACAAGGCAAAUGGUGAACUUGUUGCUGUUGAAUCUGAUACAAUGCUUAAUUGUGGUGUUUCAGAUAAUAAUGUGGAGGGUGAAACCAAUACUACGGCAAUUCGUACUGGUUCAAUUAGUGAUGCUCAUGAACAAACUGAAGAUUCACAGCCUGUUUGUGGUGUUUCUCAUGAUAAACCAGAGGAAAACAAUACUCUGACAAUUCAUACUGGUUCGAUUACUGAUGCUCAUCAACAAACUGAAGAGAAAAUUGAACUUCAAAAUUCAGCUUCUGUUCCUGAUGUUGAGGAAGUGGAAUUGGGCACCGAACACAACCAACAUAGCAUGUCUAAAGUGGAAAGGACUUCUGAUCUUCAUUCUGAAGGUAUUGAUUCUCAUGAUAAACCAGAGGAAAACAAUACUCUGACAAUUCCUACUGGUCCAAUUACUGAUGCUCAUCAACAAACUGAAGAGAGAACUGAACUUCAAAAUUCAGCUUCUGUUCCUGAUGUUGAGGAAGUGGAAUUGGGCACCGAACACAACCAACAUAGCAUGUCUAAAGUGGAAAGGACAUCUGAUCUUCAUUCUGAAGGUAUUGAUUCUGGUAUAGAAGUUCUUUGUGCUUUAGGGGAGGGUACUGAAAACAGGGACAGUACGCCAAUAAUAGAAGAUGGCAUCGUUAAACCCCUUGGUCCACAUGAUGAAGAAUAUUUUCACCCGUGUACUGCAAAUAAUGCUACUGAACUCCAGAAUGGAUCUUUAGUUCAUGAAUCCAAAGUUUCCGGUGAAAAUAUUGUUGGCACUGAUUCAGAGAUUACAUCUCAGAUAUCUCAUGAUGCAAGGGACCAUAAGCAUCAUGAUUCUCAACAUUUGCAAGUUGAAGAAUCUAUUUCCCGUCCUGAUCAAAAGAUGCUUGAGACUAGUGAAGUGGAGAAUAACCAUUCUUGUAUUCAGGACGCUACUAUAGUGACGGAAGGGGUGCAUCCAGAAUCUGUCAAGUGUUCUGCCAGAAUUCUGACCAAAACUAGCAAGGUAGCCAGUGAUGAAUUUCACCAGGCUCCCCCGUUGAGUCUUGAAAAAGAAGAAGAUACAACUGUGCUGUUUGGCUGCAGCAUUACUUGCAUCUCUGGCAAUGGGCAGGACACUCACAAAGUUGUAUCAACUCCAGCUGAUAACAAUUCUCAUCCUUCGUGUGGGGCUAAUAAAAGUAAUGGGACUUCUGUAGCCCCUGGUGUCGACUCAACUUCCUGUGGGACUAAUAUCGACAGUAAUGGGAAAUCCAAGGCCCCUGCUGUUGACUUCACUUCCAACGGGGAUCAUGUGAACACCAAAUCCCUGCUGCAAUCUGAUUUUGAUUCUGAUGUUGAUAAUAACAGUCUCAGACAGCCCAACUCGAGCAAUACCUGUGCAUCUGGUGGGGUUAACUCAUUUGGUGCUUCGGAGGUGACAGUCUUAUCAAACCAGGGCCAGGCUAGUUGA